CGGAUGUUGCGUCAUGCGGUGAGCGGAGCGCAGGCCUUGAGAAGGGGACAGAGGUCCGAGGGAGACACACGCUCGGGGUCUCGCAGGCCGGGAAGGGAAGCCGCGUGGUUGAGGUGACCGGGAGCUGAGCAACUCAGAUCUGCUUGGAAAACCUGGUACAUCACCAUGCUGGCUGCAAGGUUUGUGUGUCUCCGGACACUACCUUCCAAGGUUUUCCACACAACUUUCACCAAGGCCUCCCCCGUUGUGAAGAAUUCCAUCACAAAGAAUCAAUGGCUCCUGACACCCAGCAGGGAAUAUGCCACCAAGACAAGAAUUGGGAUCCGCCGUGGGAAAACUACCCAAGACCUGAAAGAAGCAGCAUUUGAACCAUCAAUGGAAAAAAUAUUUAAAAUUGAUCAGAUGGGAAGGUGGUUUGUGGCUGGAGGGGCUGCUGUUGGUCUUGGAGCACUGUGCUUCUAUGGCUUGGGACUGUCUAAUGAGAUUGGAGCUAUUGAAAAGGCUGUAAUUUGGCCUCAGUAUGUGAAGGAUAGAAUUCAUUCUACCUAUAUGUACUUAACAGGAAGUAUUGGGUUAACAGCUUUGUCUGCCUUGGCAGUGAGCAGAACUCCUGGUCUCAUGAACUUCAUGAUGAGAGGCUCUUGGGUGACAAUUGGUGCAACUUUUGCGGCCAUGAUCGGAGCUGGAUUGCUGGUGCAUUCGUUACCAUAUGAGCCUAGCCUGGGCCCGAAGCACCUUGCUUGGAUGCUGCAUUCCGGUGUGAUGGGUGCGGUGGUAGCUCCCCUGACGGUCCUGGGCGGGCCUCUGCUCCUCAGAGCUGCGUGGUACACUGCUGGUAUUGUGGGAGGCCUCUCUGCUGUGGCCAUGUGCGCGCCCAGCGAGAAGUUCCUGAACAUGGGGGCACCUCUCGGAGUGGGCCUGGGCGUCGUCUUUGUGUCCUCGUUGGGAUCUAUGUUCCUUCCACCUUCUACAGUGGCUGGUGCCACUCUGUACUCAGUGGCAAUGUAUGGUGGGCUAGUUCUUUUCAGCAUGUUCCUCCUGCGUGACACUCAGAAAGUGAUCAGACGUGCAGAAACUGCACCAGCGUUUGGAGCUCACAAAUACGAUCCCAUCAACUCGAUGUUGGGAAUCUACAUGGAUACAUUAAAUAUAUUCAUGCGAGUCGCCACCAUGCUAGCAACUGGGAACAGCAGAAAGAAGUGAAAGGACAACUGUGGACACCCGUCUGCUGCAUCGAAUGUGCUGUUGCUUAGUAAAGGCAAAUAGUAAGCAGCUUUCGUCGAGGUUUAGAAGAAAAGGACAUGUCUCCAUGUUUAAUAUGUUCAAGUAGUGUGACCCCACCCCCCAGGCUUCCUUUUUCUAGAAAAUAAAUUCAGUAGUUCUCUCCCAAGUAAGCACAUAAAUUUGUAACUGUCGUGUUUGAGUAAAAAAGCUUUAAUGGUUGUGAAAGCUAAAAUUUGUGUAUAAGAAUUUUAAGUAUUUUUAACUUAACAUUAGCAACUAAGUAUAUCUGUAUAUUUUGAGGCAUGGAGAGUGUUGUAAGGGGUGUAGAGGUUUUGAGUGUUUGGGGUAUAGCACUGAUCAUGCUGAGCCAGGAGACACGGAUGCAGGAGAUUUUCCCCUCUGCUCUCCACGUGCUUUUCCGUUGUCAGGACAAUUCAGAAUGUUCAUACUGAGAAUCCCUGGAGGAAUUCUGUAUAUGUGGGUUUUACUUUUAAGUCUCCUAUAAACAAGAUAUCUUUAUUUUCAAGGUAAGAUACUCCAAAGCAUGUGGUUUGCUUAUUUUCAAGUAUAGAGGUAAACAUUUGGUGAAGUGUAUUGCAUAUGUUUGGGUAUCUAAUUGAACACAUCCUCGAUUCCUCAGCACUGAGCUUUAACAGCCUUGUCAUAAAAGCUAGUUUGUGGUGCACACUGAUGAGCUAUGAUUUUCGCACAUUCUCUCUCAGACCAAACAUAAAAAGGCAAAGUAAAGCCAGUUGUCUUGUGUCUGCGUGUAAUGAGGAACUGCUUCAUGACUUUGACUUGGAACACUCUCCCUCCAUACAUUAUUGCUUUUGUGACAUUUUUACAUUGUUUAGAUACAGAAGCUAUUUUUGGAAGUCUUCAGCAAAUGGAAGGGAGCCUAUAUGACAAUUUUGCUGUUUUUGAGAACUAUUUAUGCUAGUAAUCCAGAAAUAACUAUUUUAACCAUUUCAGAGUCCACAGAAUGCUUAUUUCUGAAAUAAAAGUUCCAGCCAGAA